AGAAACCUGACAUUGAAAUAUUUAAGAAGCGAAUGCCUCUGGAUUUUGGAACAAAGUUGUGAGUUUAUAUGGAAGAAAUGCUGUGGCUGUUCUCAAACUGUCUUACAAACUGAUUUCAAUGUUUCAGUGUUGCAUCGUCUAGUGUUGAGUAACAGAAAUUCUACCGUUCAUUGAUCAAUGUGACAGUCUUUAGUAGUUUACGAGAUGAGCCAAACUCGUGGGAGAUAUGACUUCUGUAUUGGUCUGGUGUUGGCUAUGAGUUCCAGCAUUUUCAUCGGAGGAAGUUUCAUCCUGAAAAAGAAAGGCCUUCUCCGGCUAGCUAGGAAAGGCUCCAUGAGAGCAGGUCAAGGUGGUCAUGCGUACCUUAAGGAGUGGCUGUGGUGGGCUGGACUUCUUUCAAUGGGAGCUGGCGAAGUGGCUAACUUUGCUGCCUAUGCUUUUGCACCAGCUACGUUAGUGACUCCUUUAGGAGCUCUCAGUGUUCUUGUAAGUGCCAUUCUGUCAUCCUUCUUUUUAAAUGAAAAACUUAAUCUACAUGGAAAAAUAGGGUGUUUGCUAAGCAUACUGGGAUCAACUGUGAUGGUAAUUCACGCUCCACAAGAGGAGGAAGUAGAAACUUUGAAUGAAAUGUCCCACAAACUAGGUGAUCCAGGUUUUGUGGUCUUCGCAACCCUUGUUGUCAUUGUGUCUUUAAUUCUAAUAUUUGUGGUGGGACCUCGCCAUGGACAGACCAACAUUCUCGUGUACAUCACAAUUUGCUCUGUAAUUGGAGCAUUAUCAGUCUCCUGCGUAAAAGGUUUGGGCAUCGCUAUAAAGGAACUUUUCGCAGGAAAACCAGUGCUGAAACAUCCCUUGUCUUGGAUUCUGCUGCUAAGCCUUAUUGUCUGUGUGAGCACACAGAUCAACUAUUUAAACAGGGCUCUGGAUAUAUUCAACACUUCGAUAGUGACUCCAAUAUAUUACGUCAUCUUCACAACAUCUGUUUUAACUUGUUCUGCCAUCCUUUUCAAGGAAUGGCAACACAUGGCGGCUGACGACAUUAUUGGCACCUUCAGUGGCUUCCUGACUAUUAUUGUGGGGAUCUUUUUAUUGCAUGCCUUCAAAGAUGUUAAUUUCACCCUAGCAAAUCUGCCCCUCUCUUUGCGGAAGGAUGACAGAGCAGCAAAUGGUACUUUGCCCAGCACAUACGACUGCUUUAAUCAGGAUGAAGAAAGUUCUGCCUGUCUAGUUGAAAUGCAAUCCACUGAGAGUCUCUCAGCCAGGAGAAAUGGAAGCCUGUCAGCCUUCUGAAACUAUCUAUGUGUUACUUAAGAACAAUUCUGUAACUCUGGAUUAUUUUUUUUUUUUCUGCUGUGAAAUGUCUGAGCUUGUCUGGAAAAUCGUGUACUUUUUAACCAGGAUGUAUAGACAAUCGUUAAUUUUUCAGUUCAAUUAGUUUGGAUAAUGAACACUGAAGGGGGUUUUAUUUGCCUUAUUUUUACUUUUAAAAAUACUAAAAUGACCUCAAACCACAGUUGGUUUUGUUGCUUAAGUUAUGUGUAAAUACUUCCAUUUCAUUCUUCUGUUUUAAGAUGUAUUGCACUAAUGACAAUUUUAUCAAAAAUAAA